GCCCCAGUGGGAGGAAUGGGCCGGUGUGGCUCUGCUGUGUGGAGUGGGGAGUGAGGCAGGGGACCGGCAGUGAGGGUGUGGGAGGGCGGCAUCCCAGCCGACAGGGCCUGGUCAUGCCCAGCAGUGCCGAGUCCCAGGGCACCUGCCUGGGCCCAGGCGGCUCCUCUCCCUGAGGCUCCUGCAACGUGACCAGCCAGAGCGCAGGCCUGAGACGGGGCUGGAUAAGGAAAUGAGGAGUAGAAAGCAGAAGUGCACACGGGGACGGGCCCACUGUGAGGGGUUCCGGAACCUGGCCUGCGGGAGACAUCUGUGAGAAAAAUGACCAUGAGGGACGGGGCUGCGUGGCUGCCCUCAGCUCUGCUCCUCCUGCAUGUCCCAGGCUGUUUCUCCCUGAGCGGCCCCAGCACCGCGACGGGCACCGUGGGCGGGUCCCUGAGCCUGCAGUUUCGGUACCAGCGGGAAUUCCAGGCAGAUAGCAAGUACUGGUGCAGAAAGUCACUUACGCCGCUUCGCCUGCUCUGUGACAAGAUCGUGGAGAUCCGCGGGUCACAGCUGGAAGUGCGGAGAGGCCGAGUGUCCAUCAGGGACCAUCCUGCCAGCCUCACCUUCACAGUGACCUUGGAGAACCUCAAAGAGGAGGACGCAGGCACCUACUGGUCUGCGAUUGACCGACCCUGGGACCAGGACACCCACGUGCAGGUUGUGGUGUCCGUGUACCCAGCCCCAACCAAAAGGUCCAGCCCUGAGAGACCCACACUGGGUCGUCCCACCAUCCUGCCAGCGGGCACCUGGCCCACCGCAACCAGACAGGACACCUCGGAUCCCAGCCCACAGUCCCGGCCCCUGCCCAGCAGCAUCCACUUCCUGCUCCUGGUCUUCCUGAAGCUGCCCCUGCUCCUGAGCAUGCUCAGUGCUGUCCUAUGGAUGAACAGGCCUUGGAGAACCUGGGGGAGAAGAGUGGGCCUGAUAAUGAGAACCAGGAGCCCCGAAACCCUCUGAUGCCCUGUCAGGAAA